AUGAGCGAGGGAAGCGUCAGGGACCGGUCCAGGGAAUUUUUCCUCACAUGCCAAACGGAGCGAGAAAGGCUGGAGAAUUCUGCGCUAAGCCACAGGAAGCGUUUCUCACAGAAAGCAGCACAAAUUGGAAAGGAUAUUCACCGAACUGCCGAGAAGCUAGCGAAGCUGACGAAACUGGCGAAGAGCAAGUCGUUGUUCGAUGAUCCAGCGACGGAGAUCUCUGAGCUUUCCUACAUCAUCACUCAGGACAUUCAGCGUCUCAACGAGGACCUCGAGGAGCUAUCAAACAUACAUAGCAUAGAAAACCCUCCCAAUGCUCAAAGCAACGAGCAUGCAGGCUCCGUCAAGAAGUGCUUGCAGUCCAAUCUCAAGACCACAGCAGAGAAGUUUGCGGCUGUGCUGCAGAUGAGAUCGGAAAAUUUGCAAAGACAGCAAGACCGACGGAAUGAGUACUCGUCUGCGAAGUCUUUCGCGGUUUCAUCGCAGCCGUCCUUCCUCAGGGAGGGCGAGCACACAGACUCGCACGCUAACGGAGGGGAGGUUGUCAUCGAGCUGGGCAUGCCGAUGCAGGAUCUGACACAGGAGUACGCGGAAUCUCGCGCGCUCUCCGUGCAAGACAUUGAGAAGUCUAUCAAUGAGCUGGCGUCUGUGUUCUCAAAGCUGGGAGAGAUGGUCUCGCUCCAGCAGGAGCAGAUCGAGAGGAUCGACACCAACAUGGACGAGGCUCUUCACCACGUGGAUCAGGGACACACUCAACUCAUGAAGUACUACCAGACCCUGACAUCAAACAGAGGGCUCAUGGCCAAGAUCUUCCUGGUCCUCCUCAUCUCAAUGGUCCUCCUCAUCAUAUUUGGAACAUAA